UGCUGUGUAGGUGAAUCAGAAAAUACCCCACCCCCUGUUGUAGGUUUAGCUGCCAACACCCUUCCUGCAGACCCUGUGACCUCUGCUGCUCCUGCCGAUUCCUUCAACGCGUGUGACAAACUUUCAGCUUCUACAAUGAAUCUGCCAAAGCAAACGGAGUCGCCAAUCAGUAAGCGCCUCUCCUCCUCCACCGCGGCAAUCACACAUUCCCCUGACAGAGCUCACCGCAUGCAUCUUAGUCCAAUGGAAAACUUUAUUGUUUCUCGACUGCUGACUCCCACACAGUCCUCUUUAGCCAGAAGCAGAAGCACAUUAAUGCUUUCUGAGCAAUACAAUAACCCAGUAUUCCAUAUCUGUCCUCGUGUAGCACCAGCUAGUCCUCUUAAAUCUCCCUACAAGCCUUCCCCCACACGAAGUGCAGACAGAAAGAAGGCAACUUCACCCUCCACUUCUGAUGCCAUGAAAGGGGCGACUGCAGCUGAAGCUACUCAGGCUGAGAAGAUAAAGAAAGAGAGGAGACCAACCACACCUAGUUCAUCAUCUGGCAUGGGGUCUCCUCUGAGAAGGUCUGAUUCUCCUGCUGCCCUGUCCAGAAGAUCUGCGUCACCUGCAACACCUAAGACAGUUGCAAAGACUUACCCUCAGUCUCCUAAAAAUGCCAAACAAUACCCAGCCUCACCUGUGAAGCAUCGUGCCACUUCUAAUCUCAGCCAGGAGACUCCUAAAAAGAAAGCAGACAAGGAGAAGGAGAACGUCAGUCACCAGAAACCCCCGGGCGCGCGUGCCGAUGAGGCAGCUCAGGGAGCCUCUGAGAAGCACGUGCCUUCUGCAGGGAAGACUGAAAAUAGUGAAGGGAAGCUCACAGCAGGAACAACUGAUGCAGAAGAAGCUUCAAAAAUUCUAGCUGAGAAAAGACGACAGGCACGCCUGCAAAAAGAGCAGGAAGAAAGGGAGAGGCAAGAAAGAGAAGAACGGGAAAGGCUUGAAAGAGAAGAGCAGAAAAGAAAGGCAGAAGAAGAAAGACUUCGUCUAGAGGAAGAAGCUCGUAAGAAAGAGGAGGAGAGAAAACGCGAAGAAGAAGCAGCUAGAAAAAAGGCAGAAGAGGAAGCCAGGAGGAGAGCCGAGGAGGAGCAGAUGCUGAAAGAGAAGCAAGAAAAAGAGCUCCAAGCCAAACUUGAGAAACAGAAGGAAGAAGCAGAAAUGAAAGCCCGUGAGGCAGCUGAACAGCUUCGUCUUGAAAGGGAACAAAUCAUGCAGCAAAUUGAGCAAGAAAGACUGGAGCGAAAGAAGAGAAUAGAUGAAAUAAUGAAGAGGACAAGGAGGAGUGAAACACCGGAAGUAAAGAAGGAAGAGCCAAAACUGGAGAUACCAUCAACUCUGAACAUGGAAAAGCAGCCAAAAGCCCUUGUUUUCAACCAGCCAGAGAUCAAUGGACUGGCAGCCUGUCUGAAAAACAAAAGCCCAGAAAGUACUGCCUCUGUGAUGCCUUCCCAAGACGUAGUUGCUAACGGACUGAAGUCCGUGUCGGGACUUAUUCAGCUGGACACUGUUGAUGGGAAAGCUAACUGCAUGGAAGAUUCAACAGAUGAGGUUCAGUCUAUGGAUGUGAGCCCGGUUUCAAAAGAAGAGCUCAUCUCUAUCCCUGAGUAUUCACCCAUGAACGAACUCAUGCCCAGUGUUUCCUUCGACCAAAACGGGACAAGUAAUUCCAAGGCUCUAGAAGAUCUUCUGGAUUUUACAGGCCAAGCUACCUACUCCAAAAUCUCCAGUGAAACCAUUAGCCUAGAUGACUGUAACAAAAACUUGAUUGAGGGCUUUAACAGUCCAGGACAGGAAAGUACACUCAAUUCUAUCUGUUGACAACCUUGCUUUUCUGCAAAACAGACAAAGAGGUAGCAGUUUGUGGAGGAUAUCUAUCCCUGUGAUGCUACUGGCAGUAAAAUAUGAGCUUGUCACUUGAAAAAGCUUCUGCAGUCCUUGAACACUGGAUUUCAAAUAAUCAGAGCUGAAUAUAACUGUCUUGCCAAGGGAAACGUCGAAUAACUGGCUGCUUUUGGUAGAAACUGGUAUGGUAGUUUCAGGGAAGACUAAGUAUGCAUUAGAAUUUGAGCUUUAGCUGCUAAUAAAGCACUUGUUCCUUCUUUUAAUUUAAAAUUCAUAUGAACACUUCACUGUGAUUUUUUUUCAAUGCGCAUUUUAUUUUAAAA